CCCGAGUUUGUUGGGUACGAUAGAUAAACAGUCUGGCCUGCUAUGGAGGGCCGCAGCGGCAAUUGCACGACAUCGCCGUUCUUUGUAGUCCUGCGAGCUGUUGACAAUCUUCCCGUUGACAAUAACAAUGGAUGGUAGUUGUUCCCGUCGCCGCAGAGAAUUCCUCAUUCUGCGUCGUCGACUGGACUCGGGAAGGGACUUAUUCGGUAACCAUCAACCCACUGGAGCCGAGAUAUUACUUCUCUCACGAUAAAACUUAUCUGUUAGUCGGCUUGACGGGGGAUCUUGGACAAUCCCUUUGCCGCUGGAUGAUUCUUAAUGGCGCUCGGAACAUGGUAUUGACAAGCCGGCAUGCUAACAUAGGCCGGGUAUGGCUCGAAGAGAUGCAGAGCAUGGGUGCUAAUAUCAAAGUCUUUCAAAUGGAUGUCGCGAGCAAACAAGCGUUGUUAUCCGUCUGCUCCGAAAUCUCCAGCCAGAUGCCUCCUAUCGCUGGAGUGGUUAAUGGAGCAAUGGUUCUUUCCGACUCAAUAUUCGUUGACAUGACCUUCAGCUCGCUAACCGAUGUUUUAAGACCAAAAGUCGACGGGACGAUAAACCUUGAUGAGCUCUUUCGGGAUAAAAACCUCGACUUUUUCAUCUUGCUCUCGUCUGUCUCUGCUGCUGCCGGGUACCGCGGCCAGUUCAACUAUGCCGCCGCCAAUAUGUUUAUGGCGGGUAUUGCUACCCAGAGAAGACGCCGAGGCUUUGCAGCAUCGGUACUCGACAUUGGCAUGCUUACAGAGGUCGGCUAUGUUUCUCGUGCUGGCCCGGCCCUGGAGGAGUACCUACGCAGAAUGAAUCACUGCUUACCGAUUACCGAACCAGACUUUCACGCCAUGUUUCUCGAGGCUAUCCAAGCGGGACGCCCCAACCCUGGGCAUCAGCCAGAAAUCAUCACAGGUCUGGAAAGCGUUCUAGGUUCUAUUAAUGCAGAUAACAGACCAACGUGGUAUUACAAUCCAAGGUUCUCACAUUUCAUCCUCGAAGAGGAUGACAUAUUGGAGCAGCAGGGCGGAGCUGAUGUUGUGCACGUGGGCAAACAGCUUGCCAACGCUGCAAAUUCAGCAGAUGCUGCCAGAAUACUUCAAGAAGGAUUUUCCUCAAGACUAGCCAGUAUCUUACAGCUGAGCACCGACAAUAUCGACGAACACGCCUCCCUGGUUCACCUAGGAGUUGACUCACUAAUCGCUAUUGAGAUCAGAUCGUGGUUUAUCAUGGAGGUUAAGGUCGAUGUACCAGUUCUGAAACUACUAAGUGGCGACACAAUCACCGAACUAUGUCGUUUUGUUAUUGCAAGCCUCUCUACUCCUGACCCGGGAAACGCCAGUAAGUUCAACUUCCGAACAGCGAUGGCUCGAUACCAAAAGCUAAGUCUUCAAAAAGAUGUCCGCCCUAUGAGUUCCAUCGAUGACAACCAUGUUACGGAUCAUACCGCUUCCCAAGACAACUCGACGACUGACCUGUCUCUCCACUCGGCGCUCUUGACGAGCCGACCGCAAUCCGAAGAUUAUUCGAAUGAAAACGUAGAGGAUGCGAAAGGUCGUCCUGGUGGCGAAGGCGGUGAAGACAUAGUACUCGGAAUGAAGCAAGAUGGGAAGCUCCAGAAAGAAAUCGCAGAGGCAACGCAUCUGCGUCCAGUUUCACUCCCUGUGCAGCGUAUCACUCAAGAUUCAGUCCAGGGGGAUGAUGACUACGUCGUCUCCGCCCAACUCUCCGCUGGGCCUCGGGUCUUGACGGUAUCAGAUUCUCCAGGAGAUGCUGCUUGCCCACCAUCGCCGUCGCCAGCUCCGCUGCAUUCAGACCUUUCCCCGCAAGAAGCAUCUUCGAAUUUUGAGAGGAUAGAGCACAUGUCCUUCGCCCAAUCUAGGUUCUGGUUCAUGAGGACCUAUAGCCCCUUAGACAUACCGCGGUUCAAGAAAGCCUUCCAAACCACUGUGUCCCACCACCAACCAUUUCGAACAUGCUUUUUCACGCAGACUGAAACGGGGAGCGGCAUGCAAGGCAUCCUUAGAGAGUCUCCAGUAGUUCUGGAACACAGGCAGAUAUCCAGCGAUGCCGACGCACAAGAGGAAUUUGAUAGCAUGAGAAACUCCGUGUUCGACUUGGAAAAGGGGGAUGUGUUCCGUGCUACGCUUUUAUCUCAGACGCCAUCUUGGAGCAUGGUCGUAUUUGGCUAUCAUCAUAUCAUUAUGGACGGAUUGAGCUUUUCCUUGUUCCUUCAAGACUUGGACACAGCUUACCGAAUGAUACCCUUGAUACCGCGAACCGUCCAAUACGUGGACUUUGCCAUGGAUCAGAGGCUUCAGAUUGAGAGGGGAGGGCUGGCGGAUGACCUAGCGUUCUGGAGGGACGAGUUCUCUACCUUACCAAGCCCUUUGCCUCUCUUACCCUUCUCUCGCGUCCGCUCACGCUGUGCCUCCGAAACCUACGGCGUAUACACAACUAAUUCGCGGAUCUCCGAGCAGCUUGCAGUGAAAAUUAAGCAGCUGAGUAGGCAGCUUCAUAUAACCCCUUUUCACGUACAUCUCGUCGCGAUACAAACGUUACUCUUUAGCUUUAUAGACGCCGAUGACCUCUGUAUUGGCAUACUCGACGCGAAUAGGACGGACGGGAAGUAUCUCGAUGCACUUGGUCUCUUCUUGAACCUCCUUCCUCUGCGCCUCUACCGCGGAAAUUCGGCGCAAACCUUUGAAGCAACUGCCCAGACCAUCGCUCGCAAGGUAUACGCGGCGCUGGCCCAUUCAAGACUACCAUUCGACGUCUUGUUAGAAGACCUGAACAUAACGAGGUCGCUAACUCACACUCCUCUAUUCCAAGUCCUGGUGAACUAUCGCAUGGGGGCGCUUCGGCAGACAUCCCUCGGUGAUUGUGAGCUGCGACAUCGAGCAGUAAACGAAGUCAGAUAUUCCUAUGACCUCCAUUUUACGAUUACAGAGCCUACGCAGGACAGCUGUUUCCUAUCCCUUACGGUGCGGGACGAUUUGUACACCAGCGAUGCUUGCAACUUGCUAGUCCAGAGUUAUAUCCAUCUACUGGAUCAAAUCUGCCACAACCCACAACAGUGCUUGGAUGACUCCAGUCCUUUCAGCCCCUCCGAUGCACUAUUGGAAGUGCAAGUAGGUAGGAGCCGACAGAAGCGAUUUGAGUUCCCAGAAACCAUCACUCGCUGUGUGGAAGUAACGGCACAAAGCAGUCCUAGUGAUAUCGCCGUUAAAGACGGCUAUGGAAAUGUCUAUACAUAUGCUCAGCUUGCCAAUCGGAGCAAUGCUAUCGCCACUGAUCUCUCGGCCGCGGGGAUGGCCAUUGGUACCUAUGUAGCGGUUCUCCUCGAGCCCUCGAGCGACGCCAUGGCCGCAAUACUAGCAAUACUGCGGCUAGGUGCUAUAUAUGUACCACUUGAUGUUCAAAAUCCGCCAGCCCGUCUAGCCUUCAUGGUUGAAGACUUUCGUCCGCCUCUGAUCCUUUGCCAGGCGAAUACGCUGAAAACAGCGCUAUCGCUGAGUGGGCACCAAACGAAAGCACUCAACUUGUUCUCCCUGGGUGGAGGUGACUAUCUGGCGACAGCAGCUUGCUCUCGAGCGGACAUACCCGCCGUCGCAAUCUAUACUAGUGGCUCCACUGGUAUUCCCAAGGGAGUACUGCUAUCGCAAGCCAAUAUUAUGAAUAGCACGUACGGGCUCAUGGAAAAUAAUGAGGUUCGCCCAAAGGAGAUAGUGCUACAGCAGAGCUCCCUGGGAUUUGAUGUUUCACUGUACCAGAUAUUCAUUGCCUUUGCAAAGGGCGGAACACUGGUCGUCGUGCCUCAGUCGAUCAAAGGACAUUCAGUUGAAAUAUCGAAAUUAAUGGCUUCCGAAAACAUCACCCUCACAUUGGCCACUCCCUCUGAGUAUUCUACCCUACUGUGCUAUGGGAGCCGCUAUCUGAAGAAAUGCUCUCGCUGGAGGCUUGCCUGUUCUGCAGGAGAGAACAUGACGUCUCAGCUCAAGCACGACUUCCACCGGUUAGGUUUACCGGGCGUCACUCUUACCAAUUGCCAGUCUAACUCAGUCGAAGAGUAUCCUUCAAUAGGGCGGCCAUUACUGAAUGUGUCUAUCUUUAUUGUUGACGAUUGCCUGAGGCCCGUUCCCGUUGGGUUUCCAGGGGAAAUCUGCAUCGCGGGGCCCACCGUGACUCUUGGAUACAUUAAUGACGAUAGACUUACCGGAGAGAAGUUCGUCUCCAAUCCCUUCGCUUUCACCGAAGACAAAACAAAUGACUGGGUCCGGAUGUACCGAAGCGGGGAUAGAGGUCGUCUUCUUGCCGACGGAUCCAUUAUAUUCCUCGGCCGCUCAGCUUCUGACACGCAGAUCAAGUUUAGGGGCUUCCGUAUUGAUCUCGACGAUGUAGCAAACACCAUUCUUCGUACAGCGCAAGGGUUCUUAGUUGAUGCAAUGGUAACUACCAGGGGUGAUCCUCCCUUCCUCAUCGCCUUUGUUGUCUUUUCUCUGGAUUCCUCGCCUAGCGAUACCAUAGGAUACCUGAAGCAACUAUCCUCAGAACUGCCCCUACCACUAUACAUGUCUCCGGCCAUGAUGAUUCCACUACACCAUCUUCCUACUACUAUCAACGGAAAGAGGGAUAGGAAAGCCCUUGAUUCUAUCCCACUCCCGGCGCCUAGCGAAUCAGAACAGCGAGUUCCCCUAUCAGCGACAGAGUUGCGGCUCAAAAGUCUAUGGAUGGAAUCACUCCCGGACGUGAUCGAUGUAUCGCACGUUGGAAGGGACACUGGCUUUUUUCACGUCGGGGGUAGUUCAAUACUUCUCAUGAAACUUCAAGUACUUGUUCGAGAAAACUUUGGUGUUGAAAUUCCUCUGGUAGACAUGUUUCUACAGAAUACACUCAGCAGUAUGGCAUCAAGAAUCGAUUCGCAGUGUACGCAAGACAAAGUCCGGGAGGAUGAUGAAGAGAAGGGCUCGCCACUUUCAACCGAGCAGGAAAACGUUAAUUACUCCGAUUCUGCUCUCAACCUAUCGAAAAUUCUCGUAGACUGGGAUAGUGAGACCGAUAUAUCCGCGAAGCUGCCAGAAACAUUAGAACAAGUCGUGGCGCCACAAUCACGGUCCAAGGGUAAAGUGAUGCUAUUGACAGGAUCGACGGGAUUUCUAGGGGGUGCUAUCCUGCGUAGAUUGGUACGGGACAGCUCCAUCUCCGUAGUGCACUGCAUCGGCGUACCGAAGAUAGACGCGUUCAAGCCAACAACAGAUUUACCCGAGUACGCCAAAGUACGGACGUACGUAGGCAACCUCGCCAUGCCGACUCUGGGCCUGCUCGAAGCCGAAGCCGGGGCAUUAUCACGCGAAGUCGAUGUUAUUAUUCAUGCUGGCGGCGAAGGGUCCUUUCUGAAUUCCUACGAAUCGCUCCGCCCGCAAACACUGGGCGCGACGAAAUACCUUGCCCGUCUAGCGCUACCACGCAAGAUUCCAAUUCAUUUCGUAUCCACUAAUCGCGUCAUUCUGUUUACUGGCCAGACGACCGCUGGUGAAAUCUCGGUCUCGCGCUUUUACCCCCCAGUGGAUGGAUCAGAUGGCUUGAUGGCAGCGAAGUGGGCGUGCGAGCGAUAUCUUGAGGCCCUAGCAGAGCAGUUUGGGCUCCCAGUAAGGGUUUAUCGGGCAUGCUCAGUAGUCGGUGAAGGGGCACCGCCGACGGAAAUAGCAAAUACGCUUUUGAAGUAUAGCAAAACGCUAAAGGCCAUUCCGACCCUGGAGAAGGUCGAGGGUUUUGUCGACUACGCACCAGUAGGGGACGUUGCCGAUAGCAUUUUUCUCCAUGUCAUGGUCACACCACAACUUUCGGACGAAGGGAAGUGGGUGAGGUUUAUUCAUCACCCUAGCGGACAGAGGAUCGCCUGGCGGAAGCUAAGGCAGCACUUUGAAGACCAAGAGGGCGACGCUAUAGAGGAAUUGUCAUUAACGGAGUGGAUAUAUCGGGCGAAGCCUCUGGGGAUCUCGAAAUUUGUUAUUGCUUUCUUAGACGCUCUAAAGAGCCGAAGAGACCCUGUCUACUUCCCACUACUCUUAAAGACUCGGCAGUAGAGUUUAGC